AUGUCUUCUAUUCAAAACCAAAAAUCCAAAAGAAUAGCUAUAAUUGGAUCCGGAAUAUCUGGCUUAGGUUCUGCCUGGCUUCUUUCCGAGCAUUCUCCGCAUGAUGUAGUUCUUUACGAACAAAAUGAUUAUGUUGGAGGUCAUACACAUACAGUUGACUAUAUUGUUCCAACGACAAAAAGUUCCGCCAAUCCAAAGUCAAUACCAGUAGAUACGGGAUUUAUCGUUUUCAAUCCUUUAACAUAUCCAAACUUGAUAAAAUUUUUUAAACAUAAGAAUAUUGAAUAUAUGAAAUCUGAAAUGAGCUUUUCUUUUUCAAGAAAUCAUGGUGAAUUUGAAUGGUCUGGAAAAAAUCCAUUCUCGGUAUUUGCUCAACCAAAAAAUUUAUUGAACACAGAUAUGUGGAAAAU